GUGGUGCAUGCAUGUGUGUAUGUAUGUCUGUGUGGUGAGUGUGUCUGUAUGUGCGAGCACGCGCCUACGUGCAUAAAAGCAUGUGUGUUUGCAAUGGCGAUGUGAUAUCCGGAUGGCAGUAUUUCAUGACACUGCCAUAUCCUCCAGCGUUUACAUUCUUUCUGUCCCAUCCUCUGCCAUGUUCCUUGGGCCUUGAGGGGGUGAUGAUGCGGAUUUAGGAUCCACAUCGUUUAGGAUUUAGGAUGAAGCGUUCAUCAGUCACGUAUUCUCAGCACCUUGACCAGAUAGGAGUCAGCAUUAACUGCCGCCCUGUUAAAUGGAGCAAGAGAGCAGCACAUGUCUGGGUAUAAGCGUAAGUUGUUGGGAGGCAGUCUAACAGCAGAUUCUUCUAGGGAAACAGUGGUAAUGUGUUCUCCACCCACGAACCCUUGUUCUUAGGGAACCCCUCAGUUGAUAUCAUUGUUGGUUUGGGCUAUAGAAGCUUCCUGAAAACUUUUAGUCAUGCUCCAGAGGUACCCAGUGCCAAGUAGGCACUGAAACACUGAACCUGGAGAACCUAGAUUGCUCAUCUGGGGCCUCUCGGGUAGAGAGGACUGAUGUUCGUGGGGUUUUGUCUGGUACCUAUGGAUUAAAGAUGGGUGAUCUGAAGACUCAUGUCAAGGCAUGGGAGAAAUUACACAAUGCAAAUGUUUUAAGAAGGCACCACACUUUGAGAACUCUUACGGGCAUUUUCCAUGAACUUUCCAUGCAGGUAAAGGCGCACGUAGGCAACACCAGAAGAUCCCAAGACAGAAGCUGAGCUUUUCUAUUUGGCCUUUUAAAAUAAUCAUAAUUGUUACAUUUAUUGCCAGGACUUUUUUUCUAAUUGUGCAUAAUUUAAAGAGGUUAAAAGCCAUCCAGUAGAGUCCUGUUGCGAGCCUAGACCUUGCUGCCAGUAAAGCUUACACUGUGGAUGCUAUACCGAACAGAACGAGCUGUGCAAGAUGGAGUCAAGAUGACCUAUAUUUAUUUUUAUUUUUUAGAUUAAUGUGGCUGCUUAUGACUAAGAAUUCUGGGACCACAGAUGUUCAGAGAAGUAACAUAUACAUAUAAGAAACAUGAUUCCAGUGACCGAGUUCCGGCAGUUCUCCGAGCAGCAGCCUGCGUUCCGGGUGCUGAAACCGUGGUGGGAUGUGUUCACGGACUACCUCUCGGUGGCCAUGCUGAUGAUCGGGGUGUUUGGAUGUACUUUACAAGUCAUGCAAGACAAGAUCAUCUGCCUCCCAAAAAGAGUGCAGCCUGCUCAGAACCACUCUUCCCUCUCCAACGUCUCCCAGACCAUGAUCAGUACCACCCCGCUGCCCCCACCUAAACCCUCUCCGACCAACCCGGCGACCGUGGAGAUGAAGGGACUGAAGACAGACCUGGACCUCCAGCAGUACAGUUUCAUCAACCAGAUGUGCUACGAGCGAGCCCUCCACUGGUAUGCCAAGUACUUCCCGUACCUCGUGCUCAUCCACACCCUGGUCUUCAUGCUCUGCAGCAACUUCUGGUUCAAGUUCCCCGGAUCUAGUUCCAAAAUAGAACAUUUCAUCUCCAUCCUGGGGAAGUGCUUCGACUCCCCGUGGACCACGCGGGCUCUCUCUGAGGUGUCUGGCGAGGACUCCGAAGAGAAGGACAAUAGGAAGAACAACAUGAACAGGUCCAGCACCAUCCAGUCCGGUCCGGAAGGCAGCCUGGUCAAGUCCCAGUCUCUCAAGUCAAUUCCUGAGAAGUUCGUGGUUGACAAAUCCACUGCGGGGGCUCUGGACAAGAAGGAAGGUGAGCAGGCCAAGGCCUUGUUCGAGAAGGUUAAGAAGUUCAGGCUGCACGUGGAGGAAGGUGACAUCCUGUACGCCAUGUAUGUGCGGCAGACUGUGCUUAAGGUCAUCAAGUUCCUGAUCAUCAUCGCCUACAACAGUGCUCUGGUUUCCAAAGUCCAGUUCACCGUGGACUGCAAUGUGGACAUCCAGGACAUGACGGGCUAUAAGAACUUUUCCUGCAAUCACACCAUGGCUCAUUUGUUCUCCAAACUCUCCUUUUGCUACCUGUGCUUUGUAAGCAUCUAUGGCCUGACGUGCCUUUAUACCUUGUACUGGCUGUUCUACCGUUCUCUGAGGGAGUACUCUUUUGAGUAUGUCCGGCAGGAGACUGGAAUCGAUGACAUUCCGGACGUGAAAAAUGACUUUGCCUUUAUGCUCCAUAUGAUAGACCAGUAUGACCCUCUCUAUUCCAAGAGGUUUGCGGUGUUCCUCUCUGAGGUCAGCGAGAACAAGUUAAAGCAGCUCAACUUAAAUAACGAGUGGACCCCCGACAAGCUGCGGCAGAAGCUGCAGACGAAUGCCCACAACCGCCUGGAGCUGCCUCUCAUCAUGCUGUCUGGCCUCCCAGACACCGUGUUCGAGAUCACGGAGUUACAGUCCCUGAAGCUGGAGAUCAUUAAGAACGUCAUGAUACCCGCCACCAUCGCCCAGCUGGACAACCUUCAGGAGCUCUCCCUCCACCAGUGCUCCGUCAAGAUCCACAGCGCGGCGCUCUCCUUCCUGAAGGAGAAUCUCAAGGUCUUGAGCGUCAAGUUCGAUGACAUGAGGGAGCUGCCCCCCUGGAUGUACGGCCUCCGGAAUCUGGAAGAGCUCUAUCUGGUUGGCUCUCUGAGUCACGACAUCUCCAAAAACGUCACCCUGGAGUCCCUGCGGGACCUCAAAAGCCUUAAAAUCCUUUCCAUCAAGAGCAACGUCUCCAAGAUCCCUCAGGCCGUGGUGGAUGUGUCCAGCCACCUCCAGAAGAUGUGCGUUCACAACGACGGCACCAAGCUGGUAAUGCUCAACAACCUGAAGAAGAUGACCAACCUGACCGAGCUGGAGCUGGUCCACUGCGACCUGGAGCGCAUUCCCCACGCCGUGUUCAGCCUGCUCAGUCUCCAGGAGCUGGACCUGAAGGAGAACAACCUGAAGUCCAUAGAGGAGAUCGUGAGUUUCCAGCACUUGAGAAAGCUAACCGUGCUCAAACUGUGGUAUAACAGCAUCGCUUACAUCCCAGAGCACAUCAAGAAACUGACCAGCCUGGAGCGACUGUUUUUCAGCCACAAUAAGGUAGAAGUGCUUCCCUCCCACCUCUUCCUGUGCAACAAAAUCAGAUACCUGGACCUGUCCUAUAACGACAUUCGCUUCAUCCCUCCCGAAAUCGGGGUUCUGCAAAGUUUACAGUAUUUCUCCAUCACCUGUAACAAAGUGGAGAGCCUCCCGGAUGAACUCUACUUCUGCAAGAAACUUAAAACGUUGAAGAUCGGGAAAAACAGCCUCUCUGUACUUUCACCAAAAAUUGGAAACUUACUGUUUCUUUCCUACUUAGACAUCAAAGGCAAUCACUUCGAAGUCCUCCCUCCCGAGCUGGGAGACUGCCGGGCUCUGAAACGAGCUGGGCUGGUUGUGGAAGACGCUCUGUUUGAGACUCUGCCCUCAGAUGUCCGGGAGCAAAUGAAAGCAGACUAACUUAUUUUUCAUCAAAAUAUGACUGAAACAUGCUUCUACCAAAUACAAUAUAAAGAAUUAGGUAGUCCUAAUGCCUUUCCUAUAUUAUUUUUUUUUCCUUUUCCACACCAAGACAUGUACACAAAGAUCGAGUAAGGAGUAUGUAUUUUUUAAUAAAAGUUUAAUUGUAUUUUUUCAAUAUUAA